CUAGCAACUGGCUGUUCAUCGCUCACCACAUUGAAAAACUCAACGCUAAACGUGGCAGGCCAACUUGCUCAAGAAGCAGACCACGCUCAACCCGACCAUACAGCUAUUCACGGUAACCAGAAAGAUCUCCUUUCACCUUCACUAAAGUAGUGGCUGUACUGUAGUGUACAAUUGCAACGAUGGAAGGUCCAGCAUUGCAACUGAAUGUGGUGGACAUUGUAGUGAUCGUGGUGUACUUUCUAUUCGUUCUCUUGGUGGGAUUAUGGGCUUCUUUCCAGUCGUCACGUGGAACUCUUAAAGGUUAUUUCUUAGCUGGCAAGAGUAUAAUAUGGUGGCCUAUUGGAGCCUCAUUGUUUGCCAGCAACAUCGGCAGCGGGCAUUUCAUUGGUCUAGCUGGUACAGGGGCUGCCUCUGGAUUGGCUGUCGGUGCAUUUGAAUUUAAUGCAAUGUUCAUUUUGCUGCUCCUAGGAUGGAUAUUUCUUCCUGUGUACAUGUCGGCUGGGGUGUUUACGAUGCCCGAGUAUUUGCGGAAGCGUUUUGGUGGCCAACGAGUGCGGGUAUAUUUAGCUUGCCUGGCUUUACUGUUAUCUGUGUUGACAAAAAUAUCGGUUGAUAUGUACGCAGGAGCCUUGUUUAUUCAAGAGUCACUUCAGUGGAAUUUGUACGUUGCCAUAGUUUCUCUGUUAGCUAUUACUGGCUUGUACACAGUGGCUGGUGGUUUGUCAGCUGUGAUUUAUACCGAUGCUCUGCAGACGCUUGUGAUGGUAGUGGGUGCCUUUAUUCUUAUGAUUCUCAGUUUCCAACAGUAUUCUUGGGAUGAGAUUCAAGUUCAUUACCCUCAGGCAAUACCAAACACAACGCUGAUGAAUCCCAAUACAACAUGUGGAUUCCCUCGUGAAGAUGCUUUCCACAUCUUUAGAGAUCCCUUAACUUCAGAUCUACCUUGGCCUGGAAUGGUCUUCGGGAUUACUAUAUCUUCCAUUUGGUACUGGUGUACGGAUCAGGUCAUUGUCCAGCGAGCCCUUGCAGCUAAGUCUAUCUCGCACGCCAAGGGAGGCACCGUCUUUGCUGGGUUCCUCAAGACACUACCGAUGUUUCUGAUUGUUCUGCCUGGAAUGGUGAGCCGCAUAAUGUUCCCGGACGAGGUUGCAUGUGCUACCAAGGAGUCGUGUCUUGCAGCUUGUGGUAGUGAAUCUGGCUGCUCAAACACAGCAUUCCCCAAACUGGUACUGAAGAUCAUGCCUGCAGGUCUGCGUGGUUUAAUGUUAGCUGUGAUGAUGAGCGCCCUCAUGAGUUCUCUUACGUCUAUUUUUAACAGCAGUAGUACAAUCUUUACCAUUGAUAUUUGGCGCCGAAUCAGACCACAAGCCAGUGAAACAGAACUCAUGAUUUGUGGACGCGUGUUCAUCCUGGUAAUGUGUGGAAUAAGUAUCUUAUGGAUUCCUAUUAUUCAAGCUGCUCAAGGAGGGCGUCUAUUUGACUACAUCCAGUCCAUUACAAGUUACUUAUCACCGCCCAUCUGUGCCGUCUUCAUUCUAGCUGUAGCGUCUUCAAGAAUCAACGAGAAGGGAGCGUUUUCUGGACUGAUGGUGGGUUUGGUAGUCGGCAUGGUGCGCAUGAUUCUGGACUUUGUUUACCCAGCUCCAGGUUGUGGUGAAGUGGAUACCAGACCAGGCAUCGUAUCCCAAGUUCAUUAUCUGUACUUUGGGAUUUUGUUGUUUGUUAUUUCAAUGGUUGUGACCAUUGUAGUCAGCCUGCUCACCAAACCAAUCCCAGAGAAAUAUCUUGUUCGUUUGACGUGGCACACCCGUCAUAGUGAACUCAAACGGGAAGACUUGGCCAUCUCGGAUAUUAAGCUUGAGAACAGGGAAGAGAAAGCUCCCAUGCGUGGGGAUGAAGAAGAGGAAGGUUUCAAGAAAGAAGCAGAGGAGCCGUCUGUUGGUCGCCGAGUCGUGGACUGGUUAUGUGGAACAGGUAAGAAGGGUGGAGAUGAAGAUAUUACAGAAGAACAACAAAAGGAAAUCAUGAAGCAGAUGACAGACAUCAAAGAGACACGUAAAGAGACUGUAAUUCUGAACAUCUUCGCUGUGUUACUCAUGUGUGUUAGUGUAUUCUUCUGGGCAUUCUUCGGUUGAAUUGGAUGGAUUUGGAUCAAGUAGGAGAUUGUGUAUAAGGUACGGGAACAGUGACAUUGUACAUAUUACUAUAGACCCCUUGCAUAUGAUGUCACAAGCCUGAACUUAGGUCAAAAGACGUCUUAAAUAUUCGGUACGCGUGCGUUCGGCGUGAAAUGAGGUGCAUGCUGGUCUAGCUAGCAAUCAAGUUUGAUCGCUAGCUAGACCAGCAUGCACCUCCUUCAACAGUUGGCACUUGCGCAAUGGGUAUUUGCAAAAAGGUCUAUGAAGAGCUAUCAUUGGGUGAUGUGUGCGAUGGUAGCCAAUGCAAGGGGUUUAUUUAGACAUAACAUGAAUCUUAGGACCAUGCCAAGGCGGUGAUGUUGUUCUAAACUGAAACUAGAAUAACCUGUCAGAUUGGAAUCGGCGGUCCGUAAUUAAUAUGAGAUUAUUUUAGCAGUAUUUUAAUUUUUACUCGGAAUGCAUUUAAGAACGUUGUUUCAAAAGACGCAUCAUUUAUUGCAAUAAGGACAACUAUAAUGUACUCAGCUUGCCUUGGUGAGACGACUGAUUUUCUAACCAUGAUAAUGCGUGCAACCAAGGUUACACUUCCAGCUGUUGCACUUAUUUCUAUGUUAUGAUUGAAAGUCUGUUAUUUUACCUUUAGUUGACGUUCAAUGUUAAAUGUUUUUUGAAUCAAUCAUGCUGUCCCUUUUCACUCGCCAUUAGUCAUACAAUUUCCAAUGUACUUGUUGAUCAUAUCUUUUGUUUUAUUUCUUCCAUUUUGACUGAGCAUUUCCCCGAUCUUUUCAUACCAUGGGUACGGCCAUCUAAUCCCAAUAAAAUGAACAUGUCCAAACCAGGUUUUUCGUUUUCAUUUCUGUUAAACCAAGACAAUUGUGCAUAACUUACUUUUCAUAAUGCGUUUAUUUGUCAAAACUAUGGUAGUUAGACUUUAAAAAUGUGAUUUUCGUGUCGUGGCUGGGUGGUGCAGAGAGCUCCUUAAGUAAAAUGCUUGUUAAGCAUGCUUCUCAUCAACCAGUAUUGAUAUGUGCGUUUUAUAGUGCUAUUAAUAUGAAUGAUGAGCAACCGUUGCACCCAUUUGUUUGCCGUUAUGCGGCAUAACAAGGUGUUCGGAUGGUUUCAGAAUAAGUAGGCCCUGAUAAACACCAGGGCAGGGUAUAAUCCAUUAUAGGUAUACGGCGUGAUAAAGUGAUGAAUAAAAUGCGUUACUCCAUAAUAUAUAUGCCCGUUAUUAAAGUGAUAUUAAUAAUGAUUGACCCCGAUUUGAAAUAGUUAUUCUUAUUAAAAUAGACUCAUCUAAGUUAAUUAUUUGUAUAUAUAGUCUAUACAAGAAUUUGAUUAUUACAAGUUAUUUCUGCUGAAAUUAUCUGGGGAAAUAGUAAAAAGCGACAAUUAUAUUUCAUUUAUGAGUAAUGUAGAUAGUAUUUUAUCUUAAGAUACGUAGAAAUUAUUCAGGUUGGGACAAACGAUAAAAUGACAUUUAAUGCUCCUGUCGUGGAUUUCUGUU